CUUGACCAAAGCCCAGCCCAUUUUGCAACUCCUCACCUCUGCAUUGUCUCCGCGUAGCUGAGCAACUCUUCCCCUUUCUCCCCCAAAUCGGCGGCGACCUCUCUCCGAUCUCCACCACCACCACCACCACGCGGGCGCGCGCACCAACCGGGGGGGCUUCGAUGCGGGCGAUCUCGUCGGCAGCGGGGGGGAUGCUGCGGGCGCGGCUGCGCGGCGGGGCGCGCGUCCGCGGCGGCGGCGGGCACGGGGAGGGGGGCGGGCGGUGGACGACCCCGGGGCACGAGGAGCAGCCCAAGGGCUACCUAUUCAACCGGCCGCCGCCGCCGGCGGGGGAGUCGCGGAAGUGGGAGGACUGGGAGUUGCCCUGCUACGUCACCUCGUUCCUCACCGUCGUCAUCCUCGGCGUCGGGCUCAACGCCAAGCCCGACCUCACCCUCGAGACCUGGGCGCACCAGAAGGCGCUCGAGCGCCUCCAGCAGCAGGAGCUGGCCUCCGGGGAGGCCCAGGCCGAGUGAUCUGCGCGCCUCAGGUCACCUCGAACCCUAGAAUACUGCAUCUGUUUUACUCCCAAUAAGAUGUUUGAGAUGUGCGGGAUGAACACUGUGCUCUUGUUUCUGUUUUUGUUCUGUUUCCUCGUGGAAUUUGUCCAAUGAUGGCGAAUGCCCUGAACAUUUUGAAAUGCUUUGUAAUUCUAUUAUUUUCUCUUCCUUUAGUUGUGCUGCUCUGAGAGUUUUCGUGAA